UAGUUCUAAACCCUAACUGCGAUUUACGAUUGUUCAUACUGCAAAGAUCUUGGAGUAACGCAUAUAUCUCAACCACCGACGAUGAUCCAGGAGGAGCCUAAAACAAUUUCUCCUCUUAAGCAAAUAGAUCUACCUAUUGAUGUUGCAAAUACAGACACUCCCUCAAAGUUAUUAUCACAGUAUGUAGACACUCAACGUGUGUAUGCUAAUAAUACAUUGAUGGAAGACGAAGAAGUGGCAACUUUAGGCUUGCCUGAUCAGCUCCCGUCACCUCAAGGACUGUUCCAGUCAACUCUUUCCCCGUUGUUUUCUAUUAGUCAGCUGUCAGGAGCGCUUCCCAACAUUGGAAAUCAUGUGGUUAUCAAUCAGAAAUUAAGCGGAUUUGCUACGCACUUUCCAUUUGAGAGAGUGGUACCACUUGCCAUCGAUAGAGCGACCAAAGAGAUUGUGCCUGGUAUUGUUCAGAGAAGUGUUCGCACUGCUUGCCAAACAACAAAAGAGCUUGUGCUGACGGAUUAUGCCUUGGAACCAGAUGAGUCACGUAUAUAUGGUGCAGCUCACUUGAUGGUAGCGAGUUUAGCUGGGAAUUUGGCUCAUGUGACGUGCAAGGAACCUCUGCGCAAGUCAAUAUCAGGUCAUCUGCGGAAUGCGCUCCAGGGUCUGGAUAUUAAAAGCCAAGCUCUUGAACAAAUUGUGCAACUUGUGACCGAUGACAACCUUGAUCUGGGUUGUGCUGUCAUUGAGCAGGCGGCUAAAGAGAAGGCAGUACAAGCUAUCGACGCGGACAUUGCCCAGCAAUUGUUGUUACGGAGAAAGCCCAGAGAUGGUGCUGGAUCCUCCCUAUCGCAGCAGAAUUCUGUCAGUUCUAUACCAGAGUCCCUCCGCCCCAAACCCGGACAGCUGUCCCUGUCUCAAAAGCGCGUUUAUGAGGAUCUAAUAGAUUUUGUGACAGAUAAUCACCGUUCGUAUUUUUCGUGUUCGCAUAACUAAGCGAUACGUGUGAAGGAAGAGCCUAAAGAUUUUUUUUAAGAAACUUGAAGAUUCAACUAUGUAUUAAGAAACUUUAUCCAAAACUGAGAUGUUUUUUCUUUAA